AUGAACCUUCUUAGCUUUCUAUUCUUGGUAUCCAUGGUGGCCAAAAGCAGUCAGUUAACGUGCCAAAAUAACUUUCGACGUCCAGAAUACACUGACAUCUCAGUUGAAUGUGGCACAUCCUUGAUUAGCCUGGCUAUUCUAAUCUGCCCUGUUGUCUACACUGGCUACAACGAGUCUUUGCUCAUCCUCAACCACAUAUUCGACAAGCCAGAGUGUAAAGGAACCUUGGAUGAAUCCACCACCCCGCCUGUUGUAAGGUUCACCUUCCCCCUCAACAUGACCAACGCUUGCGGCAGCAACUUCGUGACCACCAGUGCAGCUGGCACAGGGAUCUUUGCUGACUUCUCCAACAUCCAGACAGUUAAUGUCAGUGGUGUGGUGCACUCCCAUGAUCCAACCACGGGAGUAGUCACCUAUAAUGCUGAGCUCAAAUAUUAUUAUUCCUGUGCUUACCCUCUGGAGUAUCUCAUCAACAACACCCAGGUGGAAGUGUCAGCAUCUUCCAUUGCAGUGAGGGACAACAAUGGAAGCUUCAUCAGUACUUUGAGCAUGGACCUAUUCAGUGAUUUCAACUACACCACUCCUCUGGUCAUACCACCACUGGGAUUAGAGCUGAGGACCAAUGUCUAUGUCCAGGUCCAAGCAGCCAACCUGACUGAUCAGUACCAUGUCCUCAUGGACCGAUGUUAUGCUUCCAUCUCUCCACAUCCCACAAACUCUACUUUCUUCAACCUGUUUGUCUCGUGCUCUAAGGACCAGAUGACCACCAUGCACGAGAACGGGGACAGUCACCAUGCCCGCUUCUCCUUCCCAGCCUUCAGGUUCAUUGAACAGCAGAACCAGACGGUGUCCACUUAUUACUUACACUGUAUCACCAGGCUUUGUGAGAUCAGCACUUGCAAUGAUUUUAAGCAAUGUAACAACAGGAGGAGAAGAGAUGUUCGUUCCACUGGUCUUUCAGAAUCUACCACACUAUCCUCUGUGGUUCCCAUUCUCACCAGAAAUGAGAAUUCUGUGUCCAGCAUUGAUCCAGGCUCCGACUCCAGGAUGGGCCUCGGGAUAGCUUUGGGUGUCCUCACUCUGGUCAUCAUUGUGGUUCUAGUUGCAGCAGCUGUCCUCUACAGGAAGCUCAGACACUUUUAA